GAAUAACUGCUUCAGGGAGAGCUCUCAGAUAAAUUUGACCCAUUCUUGCCUCAGACCUCAGUGUUGAGACUGCUCUAUCCUCUCCUUUCCCAUUCCCCCCAGCUAGGUGUUCAUCCGAGGAUACACCUGGAAGAAGAGAAAGUUCUAAGAAGCUAGGAGCAUCACAGGCUUGAAGAUUCUCCCUCUUUUCUUGUGAUGCAGCUGUCGAGCAUCGAUCUCGCUUCAAGAGGGUCUCAAUUUUGAAUCAGGCUAACAGAUUCAGAGUACAUUCAGCAGCGCUUCAGUUCCUGAAAGCAUAACAAACUGAGGAUACUUUCAGAAAGCAUGGAGCUAUUAGCAUUUCUGAUCAUUUUAUUGGGAUGCCUACAAUCUUUUGUAGCUUCUGACUUCCAAGUCGAAGUACUGUACGAAAUGAGGAUGCAACUCAACGACAAUCGUGGUAUCCUAAAAGACUGGAAGGAUAAUCAAAUGAGCCCCUGCUAUUUGGGUAGUGUUACUUGUAGUCAAGACAACAAAGUUAUUGAGAUAACCUUGAGCUCAUCUGGGUUAACAGGAGUCUUGUCGCCCAGCAUUGCAAAGUUAACAACUUUACAACAGCUGUUAUUGGACGGCAACAGCAUAACUGGAGGGAUUCCUCAGGAGUUCAACAUUCUCUAUCCUUAAGCAUCUAGCCAUAUACAGGAUUUGUGUCCUUAUAAAGGGACCCCGAAGCUUGGCCCAAUAGGGGACUUAGACCACUGACAUGGAGAACGAGUCACAGCAUGCAAGUGUGACGCCAAGGGAUCUUACAUUCAAGCUCUUAGAAGAUAUUACAAAUAAAUUCUGUGAGGAGCAGAAAGUUGGUAGUGGUGGGUACGGAGAAGUUUACAAGGGUGUACUGCAUAACGGAGAAGAGAUUGCUGUGAAGAAGCUAUAUCCGACACAAGGACUUGACGAUGCAGGGUUUGAGAAAGAAUUUAAUAACCUUAUGAGGGUCCAGCAUCAUAACAUUAUACGGUUAGUUGGAUACUGCUACGAAAUACGACACACACCUAUUGAGGUCAAAGGAAAAUACCAUUUUGCUCAAAUAGAAGAAAGAGCCCUCUGCUUUGAGUAUUUGAAGCAUGGAAGCCUUGACAAGCAUCUUUCCGAUGAAACAUGUGGACUUGAUUGGCACAUUCGCUACAAAAUAAUAAAGGGGAUUUGCGAAGGUUUGAAUUACCUUCAUAAUGGCUCCAAAGAUAAUCAUAUGUACCAUCUGGACUUAAAACCUGCUAAUAUAUUGCUGGAUGAGAACAUGGUGCCCAAAAUUGCGGAUUUUGGUUUGUCAAGACUGUUUGGUACAACACAAACCCAUAUCACGAAAAACUUUGCAGGAACACUUGGGUAUGUUCCACCAGAAUACAUUAACAAACGCCAGAUCUCAAAGAAGUAUGAUGUAUUCAGUUUGGGUGUCAUAAUAAUAAAGAUAAUGACAGGUCCUUUGGGAUACUCUAAUAGUGCCGAAAUGUCUUCCCAACAGUUUAUUGAGCUUGUACAUGACAACUGGAAGAACAGGUUGCAAGCAACGUCAAGGCAUACAUCACAGGAAGCAGAUAGCCUAGAAGUGAAGACGUGCAUCGAAAUGGCGUUAAGAUGUGUUGAGCCCGAUCCAAUGAGAAGACCCACUAUAUUGGAGGUUGUCGAUAAGCUGAAUGAGAUAGAAACUUUGAAACUGUCACUUGUAAGCCAGAGCUCCGACCCUAAAGAGCGUGUUGAGAUUAACCCCGUGGAGCUGCGCUUCCCGUUCGAGCUGAACAAGGAGAUAUCAUGCGUGCUUCAGCUGAUGAACAAGUCAGAUGACUUCAUCGCAUUCAGUGCAAAGACAAACAAGUCCAAGUAUUACACACGGCCAGACAAGGGCAUCAUGCCGCCAUGGUCCAAGCACUACGUUGUCACGACGAUGCGAGCACAGGAGCGCUCGCCAAUCGACAUGCAGUGCAACGACAUAUUCGUCGUGCAGAGCACUAGUGUCAGCGAGGGGGUCACACCCAGCGACAUUACUGAACAGUUAUUCGAGAAAAUGGUGGGAAAGUUGGUGCAUGAAGUGACGUUGCCAAUUGUUUAUGUCGCAUUGCCUCAACCUCCACAAACGCGAGGUGAGGGGUCUCAAGCAUUGUUACCGGCACCAUCCUUGCCGGCAUUAUUGCGUAAGGGACCACGAGACACAAAACCUGAUAAGAGUUUUUGGUUGGACAGUACAAUCGGCGCCAAGUGCUACAUGCUAUCAUCGAGAUAUUUAAGGAUCACGUGGGGAGAAACCCCUGGGCACUGGAAAUGGAUCUCCCUCCCCGAUUCCAGAUUUUCUGAAUGCGCGGAGCUCCUAAAUGUGUACUUUCUGGCGGUCAUUGGGGAGAUCCCAACGGAGGACCUGUCCGCGGGCACAAGCUACGCUGUUUACCUCGUGUACAAGCUGGCGAGCGGUGCCGCCGGACUGAAAGGUGGGCAGAAGUCGUCGAUCAGGCUCCAUGGCGAGAGGAUCGUCGCCACCAGCAGGGUCAACGUAGAUCCUGCAGCAGUUCAAGCGGCUGGCGUGGCCUUCCCUGUCACCAGGAGCGACGGCUGGAUGGAGGUAAAGCUGGCUGAGUUCGUCGCCGAUGAGCAGAUGCUCAACGAGAAGGCGGUGAUAGUGGAUUUCUGCGAGGAGAACGACCACAUCAAGAAGAGUGGGAUCAUCAUCGAGGGCAUGGAGUUCAGGCCCAGCUAUUGAAGCACAAUGCAUAUAAGUACGACAAGCAGGUUCAAGACCUCGUUGGUGUGCCAACUGUUUUAUAUGCUUCGUGGUUAUCAGCAUAUAAAGUGUUGUAACAAUGUAAUAAGUGAUGGCUGUGUAUCUUCGGAUGCAGAGGCCGGGAUAUCAUUUUAUUCCCCAUUAUCUAAGAAAACGUAAAUAAAAGAGAUGCUCCUCUUAUGUCAAACAGAUGUGAGACUAAAUACAAG